GGCGGGCGGGCGGGCGGGCGGGCGACAUACACACAGUAAUUUGCCAAUCAUUUGACCAACUGCUGAUUUUUAAGCUAAAUGAAGAGGCAUUUGUAACAUUAAAAAAAGCAACCUGAGAAGAUUCAACUCAGGGAUUCCAACUUAAAUUUGAAUUGUACUUGCGCUCACUACUAAAUCACAUUGUUGAAUAUAUUAGUUUUGCUGCAAUGCAGCUAUGUACAUGUGUUGUGUUCUUGGUAGAUGUUAGGCAGAUUUCUCAGUGAAUGUCAACUAUUUAUAAGGGCUCUUUUGUGGGACACAUUUAUUGUAUGCAAGAUGUCAUGAUGAUGUAGCGGAGGCGGUUAUUGGACUCCACAAUUUGAUCAGUAAAUUAUGAUUCAAACAAAAUCUGUCAGUUUUGUCUGUCUGAAUUGAGGUUAAACCAAAUAACACAAGUGAUGUAAAACUUCAUUUUAAAUAACCAAUUUACUUAGUUUUGUAGCGUUAUACCGCUGUUAAGAUGUUGUGAGUCAUUAGCAUUCUUCUAGCACAUCAUCUUCUACUAAGGCGUCCCUUCAAUCACAAGGCCACUUCUGGCAAGACCACACUCGUCGUCCUGAUAGUGAAUAUUGUCAUGUGGCUAUUGUAAGUGCUUGAUCAUUUGUGAUCACCAAUUACCUCUAAGUCUCUUCGGGCUUUUUGCACUAAAGUAGCACAACCUUAUCUGCUCGUCUCUACAUGCUGAAAUUUGAAAGCCUUUUUCUCCUGCAGGAUGAAUAUACCAUGGUGCACCAGCACGCUAUAUUGUUCCUCUUCCCAGUCCAGGUUGUGCAUGAUUGUAAGGUUCAUGCAAGUGCCACAGAAGCUGUUAGGAUGCUUCUUGCAGCCAAGUGCAAGCUGUUUACAAGUGAAUGUGUGAUGUGUUGCUGCUAAUCAUCUUUGAUGGGAUGCUGGGGUUUAAUCCCAACAAAGACCUUACAAAGCUACAAUGUAAACAUACAGUAUGUCAAUUUGUGUCUUUUUUUUUUUUUUUUAAGAUGUGUGUGUUUGAAGAGAAUCACAUCUAGUUGUCUUAUUGCUGUUGUAUUAUUAUGUUUGGUCAUUGUGUUGAAGAAUUAUGAGUCUUUUUCUAAUAAAUGAAACUAGCACAGAUGUUUUUAUUGCAGUCAUUUACUUGUGUUGCGAUUCUAAGCAAUGGAAAGGUGAUAUUUAAAUGAAAGAAUGGGGAAGUGAGUACAGUACAGUACAGCUGAGGGCGGGAGAAGCACAUUUGUUGUGUUCUUUGUGGUGGGACUCUUUCUGCAUCAGCCUCAUGUCGCUGGUUUAUGAAAAGAUGAUCUCCAUCUACCGCAGCCUAUGUGACCGUUAUGUUUCAAACAAAAAUGGGUCAAGGGACUUUGUGACUUUAGUUGUGGUACUGGCCUGUCUGACAAUCCUGGGGAUUCUGCUUGCAAUUGUUGUGCUUGAGAGACCCCGGACCCCCCAAAGUCACGUCAUUCUUCCUCUGGAUGCGGAUGGUGAUAAUCUUUCUGUGGAUCAAUGCAGUAUGAGUCUUGUGGAGAGUAUUCCUCAACACAUGCAAUAUAAAGCCAAUGUAACAUUCGGGAUCCCUUUGGAAAAAGCUUGGAAAGAUCUUCUCUCCAUGGCAACGGACGAACUGGAUGUGGUGUCUUUUUACUGGACAUUGAUUGGGAAGGACAUCAAUGUCAACUCUUCGUCUGAUAUACCUGGGCAGGAAAUCCUGGAGCAACUUCAGUCGCUUCCCUCCAAGAACGUGUCGGUCCGAGUAGUGACCAGCCUUCCUUCAAUCAGGGAAAACUCCACUGAUUUAAAGAUCUUAAAACAGAAAGGAGCGCACGUGCGUAAGGUGAACUUUGGCCGCCUGACAAACGGUGUCCUACACAGCAAGUUCUGGGUAGUGGACAGAAAGCAUGUAUUUGUAGGCAGUGCCAACAUGGACUGGAGGGCUCUGACACAGGUAAAAGAACUGGGCGUGGUCAUCUAUAACUGCUCCAGUCUCGCAAGAGACCUCCAUAAGAUCUUCCUUUCUUACUGGGUGAUGGGACAGCCCAACAGCUCCUUGCCUGCCAUCUGGCCUGCCACCUUUGACACCCACAUCAAUAAGGAGCGUCCCCUGCUGGUGAAAGAUGGAAACAUCACCAGCAGACUCUACCUUGCAGGCUCUCCACCAUCAUUCUGUCCUGCAUCACGGACUCAAGACCUGGAGGCUAUUAUCUCCAUCAUCUCGGAAGCUGAACAUUCUAUUGAUGUGGCUGUCAUGGAGUAUUUACCCACAAUACACCUGAGGCGAUACUGGCCCGUUAUUGACACCGCCAUCAGGACAGCUGCAGUUGAGAGGAAGGUGAGGAUCCGGAUGCUUAUCAGCUGCAGGCAGAGUUCCUUUUCAUCAAUGCUGCCAUUUCUUCAGUCCCUCGCCUCCCUGGACAGCAUCCAGGAGAAUAUCACAAUUCAAAUUAAGUUGUACAUUGUACCUAUGGGAAACCAGACAAACAUUCCCUUUAGUCGAGUCAACCACAGUAAAUACAUGGUGACUGAAAAAGUGGCCUACAUUGGUACAUCCAACUGGUCAGGGGACUACUUUGUAAGCACAGCUGGAGUGGGUCUGGUGAUUUCCCAGCAUGCUGCUUCCCCUUCAUGGAAGACCAAGAGCGUGCAGAGCCAGCUCAAAGCUGUGUUCAACAGGGACUGGUUCUCUGACUUUGCAGUGCACCUGUCUGACCUGGGCCACCACCCAGAUUUCUUCAUGCAGCACUUGUUGUUCCUCACAGAGCUCACUCGUUUGUUCCAGAAGUGCAGAUCUUCCGGUAGUGUUGUCAUCACAUUGAAAAAGUAUGAUGGGAGGACCAAGCCAGUGCCCAGAAAAGGCCACUCGGAGUCCUUUGAGCCUGCAGACAAUAAAUGUCUUCUCAGAGCUUCUGACGGCAAGAAGAAAAUUAGCACAGUGGUCAACAUCAAAGAAGUCAUCAAGUUUCAGAUGGCAUAUUCCAACCUACUCAGAGCACACAUGGAUGGACUGAAGAAGAAAGAUAAGAAGAGCAAAAGCAAGAAAACCAAAGCCACCCAGUGAGCAGUAGACUCCUAGGCUUAUGAACUGAUCCUGGUCCAGCUGAGAGGAUGGGAGAGGGUUCCAACCCAAACGACCCCCUCGGUCCUUCCCUCAGAAUCUGUGUACAUCCUUCCAGUGACCACUUCCGUACUUUGCCAUGACAACGUCUCUUCAUCGACUCUCGUGCCAUCCAUGAGGAUUUGUUGUACCGCACAAAAGGACCACUCAUUGGUCGUCAUCUCUGGAGCCAAAUCCAUGCAGUCCAACGGUCUGUCGCCUUCUCUUUUAUUUAAUGGCUACGCUCCCUAUUUAUGUUCAAAUUAUGAUCGUCAGAAGAGUCACUUUUUGGUUUUUUAAAAGCUGCGUUUCUUUAGAAGCAAAUGUAUUGAACUUUAAAAAGAGGUUCCCCUCACCCCCCACACCCCCAUGUGUUUCAACUAGUUGUUGACUUUUUUGUACAAUUAUUCCCCCAUUUAAUGACCACAUGAAGCUGCCACAUUGGCCAUCUUAUUUUGUCAAUCAAGCGUUCUGUAGAAAGCUUCAGUUACUCGAAACAUGAAUCCCAUAUCUUUAUGGAGCUAAAUAGCACAACAUAUGUACACGUUGUAGAUUUACUGAAAGGCAAGUUUGAGUUGUGGAAGAUGCAUGCUAAGUCCAAGGCAGUGUGUUGUGUCAGGGGAUUGCAGCAGAAUUGAAGUUGACAAAUAAAGUGCUGUGUUAAAAAGUCACUCCAGUGCUUCGGUGUAUUCACACUAUGUACAUGAAGACUUGUGUGGUACAGUCCCUCAAAGGGCUGUGUUCCUCUUGUCUGCUCUCUCCCUUGGGGAGCCUGCUGCAUGGUUCUGUCGCUCACACUCCUCCUCGUAGCCCUGCUUCAUCAAGCCAGUCACGUACUGGAACAAAGUCUGAUCACAAAACACACAAUUGGUCAGCAUUGAUGGUAUGUUAAUCACAAGCUAGUUGGUGCCAAUUAGUGUUAUAGCAAUAUAUUACUGUAUAUACACAAAUGUACAGAUAAUGGAACGUCAUUUAAAAUGCACCCUGUGCAAUAAUCCAAUAUAACUAGUAUAACACUGGUGAAGAAAAACAAAAAAUGCCACGGUUACACUACUGACAAACGGGUCCAUUUUAGACGUUUAUGACGUCGAUGGCAAUCUUACAACACAAGAGGGCAGCAAAGAUUAUCCACAUUGUCAGUAAACCUUAAUAUUACGACCGUAUUGUCCUUUUAGAUGUUUUUAUGUUUUCUAAACUGAUUAUGGUGUCUUUUAUGUUUAGAAAAGUGUACCGUAGUAUGAAACAGACUGACAUGAAAAUGUACUUGAACUUUGCUUAAAAACGAAUGACUUGUUGGUUAAAAAAAACUGUUUUUGAAACAAUAUGCCCCGACCAUGACACCCGAAUGCGUUUAGCGGCAUGGAUGCAUAGCAUAAUAAUACAAAAAGGUCAAUAACAUCUAUCUGUUAAAUUGUUCCCACUCUUAUGUCACGAUGCUAGCUGGCGAGGAAGUCAUCUGAUUGAAAAAGCGUACAUAUUUAUGGCUGCAUGUUUCACUUUGAGUGGGCGCGUAGGAAAAUAGCGGUGCAUCAUACACAAAUCGGGAAAAGAAGGCCACAUUCGGUCAUUGUGCCCUCAAACUGUUGAUGCAAAAGCACUGCUGUUGAAUGUAAUGUGCACCGUUGCCAUUACUUAGAAGGACCUUGAACACACGUUGACAUGAUGUGACAGCGGCAUGUACUUUGUAUGGUUCACUGGCAUGUACAGUACAUGCUAACAUGUUCCAUGUGGCCUUAAAGAAGGAUCCACACUCAUCACCUUCCAUGCCUCCUCCAGCUCGGUGGUCCACCUGUCCUUCAGGAUGGGCUGCACAGCACUGAUGAAUUCUGCUCCAACGUACUGCAAGCAUAAAGAUGAUAGCAGACCGCCAUGUUUAUUUGAUGUAUUCAGGAUCUGUUUCCAUAUACAAUUUCUUAACUAAUUCAAUGAUGUUAAUAAAACCAGUUUAUGAGGGGGUCUUACACUGUAGUAUUUAGGGGGGGCAU